AUGCCAAGCGAGUUUUGGGAUGAAGCUGUUAGCACUGCAACCUAUGUUCAAAAUCGUAGUCCAACUACUUCAUUGAAAGGCAUUAUACCAUUUGAAUGCCUGUAUAAUCGAAAGCCUGAUGUUUCUAACUUGAGAGUAUUUGGAUGCAUAGCAUUUGCCCAUAUUCCCAAACAUAUGAGAAAGAAGCUUGAAGAGAUAUCUCGUAAGUGUGUAUUUGUCGGAUAUCCUGAAGGAACGAAAGGUUACAAGCUGUUUGAUCUAUCUACGAAAUCAUUUAUCCGAAACAGAGAUGUGAUAUUUGAUUAGAAGAAGUUUAAUGAGUUUAACAGUAAACACUCAUCUAAACCAAGAUCUGAUUUCUAUCACCCAGCAAGUGCAGCUGAUGAUAAAGAUGCUGAUGAUCAAGUUGCUGUCGAACAUGUAAUUCCUGUACCUGUUCGUGAAAACCGUAACCAACCAGUGGGAGAAACCUACAAAGAUACCUUUAUGCAAGAAGUUCAAAAUUUGAAUCUUCAGAGAAAGAAGAUCUCCAGUCAGAUUCGAUGA